CCUGUUUUUAAUCUUAGACGUGAUACUCUCACCUGUCGGACGAGUACCUGUAAUCACCGGUGUCUGAGUGUCAGUAAUCGACGGUAUCUGUGUUUGCGUGAUAAUUGUUUGGCCUGUAAUCUUGGGUUGGGGCAGUCUCGGCACACCUGUGUAGGUCUUGACACGGCGCUGCCCAGUGUCCACCGGCCCUCAACAGUGCACCAGCUCUGCCUGCAGCCCAGCCCCUGACAAGCCUUGGGUCUCUGUGUGCUGCAGCCCCUCACCAUGGACACAUGGUUCAGGACUUGCCUGCUGCUCUGCCUCUAUGGGUUCUUCAAGGAGCUACGUCCCUCAGAGCCCUUCCUGACGGAGUACCUGAAGCAGCCACCCAUGAACCUGACGGAUGAUCAGGUGACAUAUGAGGUGUACCCGGUAUGGACCUACUCCUACCUGUCCCUGCUGGUGGUGGUGUUCCUGCUGACAGACCUGCUGCGCUACAAGCUGGUCAUUGUGGCGGAGGGCAUUGGCUAUGUGGUCACCUGGUCACUGUUGCUGUGGGCACGAGGGGUGCCUGCCAUGCAGCUCAUGGAGUUCAUGUAUGGUGUCGCCACCUCCACUGAGGUUGCUUACUAUACCUACAUCUAUGCCAAGGUGGCUGGCAAGUUCUACCAGCGGGUCACUAGCUACACCCGUGCUGCACUUCUCUCUGGCAGGUUCCUCUCUGCUGUGCUGAGUCAGGUACUGACUCACACUGCCCUCAUGAGUUACCACGACCUCAACUACGUGUCACUGGCCAGUGUGAGUGUGGCGUUCAUCCUGGCCUGCCUGCUGCCCUCCGUCUCCACCAGCGUCUACUUCCACCGCCAGCAGUACUACGUCCCCACCAGUGAGGGCAGCAGCUCCAUCCAGCUCAGCCCAACACAGCAGUGGCAGGGAGACGACAGUGGGGGUGGCGGUGGUGGUGGUAGUGUUGCUGUUGUUGCUACUACUGCUGGUGGUACUGGUAGUGGUGCUGGUGAAUCAUGGAUAGUUAAGUUUAAUAAGGUGCUGAUGCUGAUGUGGGACGACUUCCAAGUGGCCUACAGCAACAAGUACCUGCUGAAGUGGUCGGUGUGGUGGGCCUUUGCCACCUGUGGGAACUUCCAGGUGGGGAACUACAUCCAGCCGCUGUGGGAGCAAGUGCAGCCCGUGGAGGAGGGCGAGACACUGUACAACGGUGCUGUGGAAGCCAUCCAGACCCUGCUGAGUGCUCUGUCGGCCUUUGGAGUGGGGUACGUGCAUCUGAACUGGGAGCUGCUGGGGGAGGGCACACUGGCGGUGAUCUCCAUCCUGGACGGGGUGUUGCUGAUGACGAUGGGCCUCAGCUACAACAUUAUAGUCACGUAUACCAACUACAUCAUCUUCCGCGUCUCCUACCAAGUCCUCAUCACUAUUGCCAGCUACCAGGUGGCUAAGAGUCUGCGAGAGGACAGCUACGGCCUGGUGUUUGGGAUCAAUAUGUUCAUGUCGCUUCUCCUGCAAUCACUCCUCACAUUAAUUGUGGUACAGGUGCUGCAUCUCUCGGUACACACUCAGUUCAUCGUGUAUGGCGUUUACUUCCUUUUACUGGCGAUGGUAUUCCUGGCGCUCUCCACAUACUCCCUGAGCAGCAUGGGAUGUGCAGGGAUACGGGAGGCUGGCGUGUGGGAGCAGCCUAUUGGAUCCCCUCAGGAGGCGCCGCUGGGGUGUGCUGAGUCUGUCUGAGUGUCUGAGUGGGCGAGAGUACAGGUUGUAUUCUGAAACUCUUCUCCGACUCACCCUUACUAAAUCAAAAGGCUCUCUGUAUAUUGAAAGUUACAUGUUUUUAAUGAUGUCUUUAUAGUUCUAGUGAUGGACUGACAAUAUUUUCACAUUACAGUAUUAAAAGGAGAAACACUCUAGUUAUCUCGAUGAUCUUUGAAAAUUAUUGUAUUGAAGUUAUACUGGAUUUUAAUUGUUUUUACUUCUUCUGGCAGAUUGACAAAAUUUUUGUAUUAUUGGUAGGAGAAAUACUCUUGAGAACCUGGCUAAUCAAUCUCUGUGGCCUUUGAAAAUAGCCAUGGUAAAGCUGCACUGUUUUUUUUUAUUAUCUUUUUAUGGAUCUAGUGACAGAUUGACAAGACCUUUAUACUAUUGGCAGGAGAAACACUCUUGAGAACCUGUGUCUUUUGGAAACAUUCAUGGUGAGAGAGUAAGGUUUCCAGAAUAUAGGCCUUUGUGUGUGUGUGUGUGAGUGUGUUGAUGCACUUAUGGACUCAAGUAAUCAGGGAACACAGAUAGGCUGGACUGCAAUGCUGGUAUUAUAUGAACUGCUUUCCUAUCCAUGCAUUUAUCACUAGAAUUACUGGUUGUUGGACUCAGUUAGAUGGGAGCUUUGCUAAUCACAGGAUCUGAACUGACACAGCAAGGCACAUGGGCUGAGUACUGCUGGUAAUAGUGAACACAAUUUGUAACACACACCUCAAUUUGAACAAUGAUCUGCUAUUCCACGUGGUUGUGUUGUUGUGGAGGAAAGGUGGUGGUCAUGUUACAGCUCUUGUUAACUGUUAAAUGUGGAUGGAUCAAGAAAAUGUUAGUCUAUCAAUGUUUACAAUUGUUAUUUGUUAUGCAUAUACUAUUUAUUUGUUAUUUUUUCAUAAUUUACUUGUGAUUAUGAGUGGAGCCUUGUAAUUACUGGUGAUGUGUGUGUGUGUGUGUGUGUGUGUGUGAAUUAUCGAGUGAGAUUAUCACCAGACAUCCAUUCUGUGCAAUUCCUGACAUAGUGACUAGUAAAAGACAACUGAGGUCUUGAAAUAGAAAAGUUUUAUUCUGUGAUAAUGUUACAAGCAAGGUAGGUUAAGGGUGAGUGUUGCAGAGUGGUGAUGCAGUACCAGCAGUGGUGGUGGUGGUGAAAGUGGUGCCAAGGAGUAAAUGCCUUGCCAUUGUCACUACUAUCACCACCACCAUCACUACCACUGCUGCUGCUGCUCUCUCUGGUACAUGAUGUACAGUAGAACAUAUUUUCUUAUGAUUUAGUCUAUUUUUGGGAAAACUGUAUAUACAUUAAUACAUCUUGUUAGACUA